AUGGACUGCGGCGGGGUGGGGAGAUGUGUUCACUCAGCCAAGAGUCUCCUGGGGGAUGACAGAAUGGAGCACAUUACCCGGGAAGGGAAGCAGUGGGCUGGCCCUCACACACACUUCUUGCCACCAGAACUUUCCCUCCUCUGGAUCACAACUCUGUGCGUCAGUCACUUAACACGAGACAGGGAGAGGAACAGCUCAGGUGUAGUGUCAUCUAGGAAAUAUAUUGGAUUGUGUUUAUUCAGGUAAGAUUGCUAUUGAAUAUGUCACAUGUCAGUCUGUGUAGAAUAAUUAGUCACUUGGAGACUAGAGCGGUGUUAUUUCUAUGAAAGCAAAUUUGUGAUGUCGCACAGCUAUUGCAGUUCAUCAUGUUGUGUUUGACUAGCAUAAAGCACUGUCAGGAGGUUUCUGUUAUUGUAUGCAUUGUUUUUGUUUUGGUCCCGUUUAGUCUACGACAUGAAACACUAGAAGAUACAACAUGCUUCCUGAGCAGUGUUCCUUGAUAACUUGUUGAACUAAUUUGAAACUGGGCAACCCAGGACAGCAGCAGCAGGGUUACUGGGUCCAGCAGAAUCUGGCAGACAGAGACAAACACAGAGGAGAGAUACUGCAGGGAGAGAGAGGAGCUUGAGGUGAGAGCAGCAGAAGGAGAAAUAACAAGGGAGGGAAGAGUGAAACGCACUGAGUGACUGACAGCACAGAAAGGUAUAGCAGGGAAGAAAUGGAUACAUACGGAAAAAAAGGGAUUGAAGAGAAAGUGGGUGAUACAAUAGAGGUAAAGAGAAGGAGAGUGAAUGAUACCACAGAGGGAGAGAGGGUGAUUUGUAAUUUAUUUUGUACAUAAUGUUUCUGCCAUCGUCUCUUAUAACCAAAAAGAGCUUCUGGAUAUCAGGACAGCGAUUACUCACCUCGUAUUGGACGAAGAUUUUUUUCGAAGGAUAUCCUACAGACACCCGACAAGGCCCAAAUCCCCGUCAUUCGCAUGAGGAAGAGACGGAGAUAUCGUGGACGUAGGUCGGGGUGCCUUGUAAGGAUCCAACGGCGAGCGAGUAAACUGCCACUCCCAUCAAUCCUAUUAGCCAAUCUUCAAUCAUUUGAGAAUAAAUUGGAUGACCUAAGAUUACGGUUAUCCUACCAACCGGACAUUAAAAACUGUAUCUUAUGUUUCACCGAGUGGCUGAACGACGACAUGGACAACAUACAGCUAGCGGGCUAUACGCUACAUCUGCAGGAUAGAACGGCUGACUCCGGUAAGACAAGGGGUGGCGGUCUGUGUAUAUUUGUAAACAACAGCUGGUGCACAAAAUCAAAUACUAAGGAAGUCUCGAGGUUUUGCUCGCCUGAGGUAGAGUAUCUUAUGAUAAGCUGUAGACCACACUAUUUACCAAGAGAGUUUUCAUCUAUAUUUUUCAUAGCUGUCUAUUUACCACCACAAACCAAUGCUGGCAUUAAGAUUGCACUGAAUGAGCUGUAUAAGGCCAUAAGUCAACAGGAAAACGCUCAUCCAGAGGCAGCGCUCCUAGUGGCCGGGGACUUUAAUGCAGGGAAACUUAAAUCCGUUCGACCUAAUUUCUAACAGCAUGUUAAAUGUGCAACCAGAGGAAAAAAAACUCUAGACCACCUUUACUCCACACACAGAGAUGCAUACAAAGCUCUCCCUCGCCCUCCAUUUGGCAAAUCUGACCAUAACUCUAUCCUCCUGAUUCCUGCUUAUAAGCAAAAACUAAAGCAGGAAGCACCAGUGACUUGGUUAAAAAAAAAGUGGUCAGAUGACGCAGAUGCUAAGCUACAGGACUGUUUUGCUAGCACAGACUGGAACAUGUUCCGGGAUUCUUCAGAUAGCAUUGAGGAGUACACCACAUCAGUCACUGGCUUCAUCAAUAAGUGCAUUGAUGAUGUCAUCCCCACAGUCACCGUACGUACAUACCCCAACCAGAAGCCAUGGAUUACAGGAAACAUCCACACUGAGCUAAAGGGUAGAGCUGCUGCUUUCAAGGAGCGGGACUCUAACCCGGACGCUUAUAAGAAAUCACGCUAUGCCCUCCGACAAACCAUCAAACAGGCAAAGAGUCAAUACAGGACUAAGAUUGAAUCGUACUACACCGGCUCUGACGCUCGUCGGAUGUGGCAGGGCUUGAAAACUAUUACAGACUACAAAGGGAAGCACAGCCGCGAGCAGCCCAGUGACACAAGACUUCCAGACAAGCUAAACCACCUCUAUGCUCGCUUCGAGGCAAGCAACACUGAAGCAUGCAUGAGAGCACCAGCUGUUCCGGAUGACUAUGUGAUCACGCUCUCCGUAGCCGAUGUGAGUAAGACUUUUAAGCAGGUCAGCCGCAGGGCCAGACGGAUUACCAGGACGUGUACUCCGAGCAUGUGCUGACCAACUGGCAAGUGUCUUCACUGACAUUUUCACCAUGUCCCUGACUGAGUCUGUAAUACCAACAUGUUUCAAGCAGACCACCAUAGUCCCCGUGCCCAAGGACUCUAAGAUAACCUGCCUAAAUGACUACCGACCCGUAGCACUGACGUCUGUAGCCAUGAAGUGCUUUGAAAGGCUGGUCAUGGCUCACAUCAACACCAUUAUCCCAGAAACCCUAGACCCACUCCAAUUUGCGUACCGCCCCAACAGAUCCACAGAUGAUGCAAUCUCUAUUGCACUCCACACUGCCCUUUCCCACCUGGACAAGAGGAACACAUUUACAUUGAUAUUUUAGUCAUUUAGCAGACGCUCUUAUCCAGAGCGACUUACAGUUAGUGAAUACAUAUUUUUUUAUACUGGCCACCCGUGGGAAUCAAACCCACAACCAUGGCGUUGCAAACGCCAUGCUCUAUCAACUGAGCUACAUCCCUGCCGGCCAUUCCCUCCCCUACCCUGGACGACGCUGGGCCAAUUGUGCGCCGCCCAUGAGUCUCCCGGUCGCGGUCUACGUGAGAAUGCUAUUCAUUGACUACAGCUCAGCAUUCAACACCAUUGUGCCCUCAAAGCUCAUCACUAAGCUAAGGAUCCUGGGACUAAACACCUCCCUCUGCAACUGGAUCCUGGACUUCCUGACGGGCCGCCCCCAGGUGGUAAGGGUAGGUAACAACACAUCUGCCACACUGAUCCUCAACACGGGGGCCCCUCAGGGGUGCGUGCUCAGUUCCCUCCUGUACUCCCUGUUCACCCAUGACUGAAUGGCCAGGCAUGACUCCAACACCAUCAUUUAGUUUGCCGACGACACAACAUUGGUAGUACGCCUGAUCACCGACAACGAUGAGACAGCCUAUAGGGAGGAGGUCAGAGACCUGGCCGUGUGGUGCCAGGAUAACAACCUCUCCCUCAACGUGACCAAGACAAAGGAGAUGAUUGUGGACUACAGGGAAAAAAAAGAGGACUGAGCACGCCCCCAUUCUCAUCGACUGGGCUGUAGUGGAACAGGUUGUGAGCUUCAAGUUCCUUGGUGUCCACAUCACCAACAAACUAUCAUGGUCCAAACACACCAAGACAGUCGUGAAGAGGGCACGACAAGCCUAUUCCCCUUCAGGAGACUGAAAAGAUUAGGCAUGGGUCCUCAGAUCCUCGAAAAAUUCUACAGCUGCACCAUCGAGCGCAUCCUGACUGGUUGCAUCACCGCCUGGUAUGGCAACUGCUUGGCCUCCGACCGCAAGGCACUACAGAGGGUAGUGCGUACGGCCCAGUACAUCACUGGGGCCAAGCGUCCUGCCAUCCAGGACCUCUAUACCAGGCGGUGUCAGAGAAAGGCCCUCAAAAUUGUCAAAGACUCCAGCCACCCUAGUCAUAGACUGUUCUCUCUGCUACCGCACGGCAAUCGGUACCGGAGUGCCAAGUCUAGGUAAAAAAUACUUCUCAACAGCUUCUACCCCCAAGCCAUAAGACUCCUGAACAGCUAAUCAUGGCUACCCGGACUAUUUGCACUGUCCCCCCACCCCAUCUUUUUACGCUGCUGCUACUCUGUUAAUUAUUUAUGCAUAGUCACUAUAACUCUACCCACAUGUACAUAUUACUUCAACUACCUCAACUAGCCGGUGCCCCCGCACAUUGACUCUGCACCGGUAUCCCCCUGUAUAUAUAGCCUCCCUACUGUUAUUUUAUUUAACUUCUGCUCUUUUUUUCUCAACACUUUUUUGUUGUUUUAUUCUACUUUUUUAUUAAAAAUAAAUGCACUGUUGGUUAAGGGCUGUAAGUAAGCAUUUCACUGUAAUGUCUGCACCUGUUGUAUUCGGCGCAUGUGGCCAAUAAAAUUUAGAUUUGAUUUGAUAAACAGGAAUGCGUCAUGGAGCCUCUGAUGGGAGCUCAUACAUGCUUAGUGCUUUCAAAACAACUGGCUGUCAAUCACCCUGAUUGUAGUGUGGGAGGUUAGGCACGCGUUCUUCAUCGAAAAAUGGCAGAUUAUUUUUUUCUUCUUAAAAAUUAAUAAAUAAUGAUUUUCAUGGAUUUUUUUUCCUCUUAUCAACUGUCCCGAAUAGUGUUGUCUUCCCACAUCACCGUGGGAACUAAAAUGUCACGCUCAGCUGCCUUGUGUUGUUGUACUCUUCUCUGUGAGGGAACAUGACUGAGGGCUGUGGUGGAGGAGGAGGGGGGGGGUCUUCUGUGGCCCACUUUGUUCACUGAGUACCUGGGGGACACGCAGAGGCAUCCCCCUUGGGGGGAGCAGGGUCCUGUGUCUGGAGGGGAUGGAUAAAUGUUUAAUAAUGCCCUUGGCUCUAGCCAGCAGUGAGGCAGGCAGUGUUGCAGUCGGGAGCUUCUCUCCACUCCAGGUGCUCUCUGCAGGCUCGUACACGGUAUAGUACUGUACCAAUAGGCUCCACCCCACUAAGCAGUUAGCAGACUGGCUUAUGGGAGCUGGGUCCCUCAGCUUGUUUAACAUAUUACAGAACAGCCAGCUUUGCCUCUCCGCUCCACUCCACUGUUCCCUCUCUGUGCUGAGGGGUUUGUUUAUUCAUAGUGAUCAAGGCAUGCUACACAUUUUUGACACCGAUGACUGCAGCAGCUUGUAAACAUUGGUGCGGAACAAGAUGUUGAUGCUCUGUUACCAUGGCGUAGGGAAGUGUUCUGAUCAAACAGAAGCCCAAUGGAUCACACCAUGUUGAAUCUGAAGUCCGCACACACUGUAUGGCUGUGACAGUAGAAAAUCCAGUCAUGAUUAGACCUACACGAGGAAGGAAAUGCGACUUUUUAUACAAAGAGAAUUCACCUCACAGAUGGAGCACUCUUGACUAAGAAAAAGGCUAUUACACAGCCUGACUUAAAAAAGAAAAAAAGAAAACAAGUCGUUUUCGAUGCUGAUGUCUUACUGCAGUUGGCUGUCCUUGGUAGAGGAAACCUUUUUGUGUGUCUCCUCCCUCUUUGAGCUGCCACUGCUGCAUGCUCCGGGUCUGUGCCUGGCUGAUAGUUAUUGCCUGUCCUCCACACAGCACUCGAAAUAAAGAGCUGCGUUAAUGAGGGCUUUCCUGUGAUCGUCUGUGUUUCUGUCAAUCUGUCACAAACUGUUCAACCAUGUAUUAUUUGUAUCUCUCUGUCUCCACUCUCUCCAUGCUCUUUAGGCAGGAGGCUAAUAUUGACAUGCAGGACUAGUUCCUGGGAAGUCCAGAACUCUUAUGAUUGGGACAAUAUAGUGGGUGUGGCUGGCUGGAUUUAGAGUGUUUGGUGCUGAUGACAGUCAUUUCAUAGGCUCUUGCUGAGUUAGACUACCCCAGAAUCCACACCCCUGUAUCAAGAAGAAUUUAAGUGGCGGUCAGAGAGGAGACUAUGUCAAUCAUUAUAUAUGGAGGUGUGAAAAGGAGGAAGGUUUUCAACCUAGGCUUAUCUGGUGUUUCUCAGUGAGAAGUGGCUUGGUAUAGACGCCUUGGCUAUGAUGUCCUGCAUAUUUACAUGUAUUAUUCACACUCCAGUCUCCUUUUCACCUCAUGUAUCACCUGUUUUACUUAACAUAGGCACAUCUUAAUAGGUGGUCAAGGUAUCCUCUUUUGUGCUCUAUUGCUCCUCUAUUGUUCCCGCAUGCAAGGGGGGAUGCCGAUGACAUCAGAGUGCAACAUCAGACCAAAUCCUUGAAUGGCCUACUCCAUGAAGUUUCAACUUGUUUAAAAAACACUAUUUUGCGCAUGCAUAUUUUUUUUACCCUUAAGUGUGUGUACAUUUAUUUAUACGUUGUAUAUUGUUUUUCAACAGGAAUAUUUCAAAAAUAGCUGAAGUGCGUAUUUAAAUCUGUUGGCAAGGUGAGUGUGGCUGGUCCAUGGUCUGGAGCCAGCAAGCCGUGUUAAUGGGUCACAGAGUGGUGGUGUUCAGAGCAGCGGUGACGUAGCUGGUAAAUAAAUAAUAUACUGUACAGUAGCAGCAGGGGGGCAGGCCAACCGAGAGCAACGCUCCUAUCAUGCCAGCAACAACUCCAUGGCUGAGUUACAGUUGGUACUCAAUCAUAGCUUAACUAUUGGGGCUGUUGCUACUGCCUCGCUCUCUCUCUCUAUGGGCUGAGCUCUGCUGCUGCUGCCUCUGACACAAAUCUCUGGGUCUGGGACUGGGGUGACGGGCCGAGGAGGCGUGAACUUAUCAAUCACACUCACUUUCUAACUCCAGCUCUCUGCUAACAGCUUAGCCUGCCACAGGAAUGAUUUCUGAGCCCGUCUGACUUGGGAACCUGAGAACCUGUUUACAAGUGUUUGGGCUGCGUGCAACCUGCCAAAUCCUGUGAUGGAUCAGUGACACUUCAUGGGGUUAGAACUGCAGUUAGAGAGACAUUGUUUUGUGUGUUUGGGUUGCAAAGUGCAUGUUGCAAAGUGACCUGUGCUAGUCUGACAGUACAAGCGAGGCUCCUCGGAAGGAUUGAGAAUUUAAAUUGAUAUGAAGUUGCUCUAACCUUAUCAAGUCACUAGGUUGCUUUGAGUGUCUCAUCAUCCAGAUGCUGCUGAACGUGAGCAUGUGGAUCCCGCUCCUCUUCUCUGGAGUGUGACAUGCAUAGAUUCUGCAGGGGGAGUGAGUAGGCUAGCAGCAUGUUGUAGUUCCAGAGCCAUUGCAGCUGUGGUGGGUGGAGCCACUGGGCCCUGCUCAACAGCAUUCAUAACCGUCUGCAUGUUGAUUGGAGCGUGUUGCGAGCGCUACGACAUGACGCCAUAAGCGAUUUGAUUGCCUUUUUAUCGGCUGGUCCCCCUUGAGGGAUAGAGGGUGGAUUCUCUUUCUGCUGCAGAACGGGGAUAGAGAAAGGGAGACAGUUGGUGGGGAUAUGACGGGAGCACAGGGAAUUAGAGGUGGAGAGAGAGGUGAGUGAGAUGAUAUCUGGGAUGUGCGGGCUCUCUGUCUGAGGUAAACCACUCCAUCAGCCUUGUGAAAACCACUCUCCUCCACAGACAGACCUCUUCAGCCAUGCAUCAUUACCAAUGUAAUUAGACAGAAAAUUUAAAUGAACCAUAUCUCAAACCUGAGGGCCAUGUUGUCUAAAAUAUGUCUUGGGCAGCGCUAGCUCUAACAUCCCCACUCAGUUAUCAAGUUUCUGCUCAUGUUCUGACCCACUUAAAGAUAAGACUCACUGAGAGAGAGCCUCAGUCAGUACCUCAUCUGUAUUGCAGUCAACAGGUAGGCUACAUUUUCUAUGAGCCAGACAGAGCUUGUUUAUCAGUUCAGUCUGAGGCUUAGAGAGGAGCAUCAGAAAUGAUGGAAGUCCCCAUCUGCCCUCAGACCUGCAGAGAGUUCCUUUAAUCAUGACACACUGAACAGCUAGACAAUAAAGAGGACCUCCUGCCAAUGCACUAGAUGAGAUGGGGAGGCUAUGCCAUCUUUGCCAUGGGUGGAUUGUGCCUGCUGAAGUGCCACCCGAGUAGCUGGCAAACCAUGCACCAUUCUGGGUUGUGUGUGUGUACGUGUCGUUUACUCUGGUAUUUGUCACUGAGCUGUGAUUCACUGGCCUGGCGAGAGCCAGGUCUUUGCUGAGCCUGUGUCUGUCACUCUCUGGUCUUCUGUCUCUGCCCCCUGAGACCCUGCUCUGAUUUUAAGUAGGGACUUAAAAUAUGCUGUCCUUACAGUUGACUCAAGUGUUUUAGGAGAAUACAUUGUUUUUCAUGAAACACCCAUUGUAACCUCUCAGGUGGAAGAGUGAUGAGCUCCCACUGAGCCUUUCAUCCUAGCGCUUUGUAUUUAUCCACAGAGACACUAAUUUGUCUCCUUCUCUGAUUUACGACGCAUUUGCCUGCUGAAUGUGAAUGGUUGGGCUCAAAGAGAAUAGGCUAGGUGUGUGUGUGAGAGAGCGAGAGCAACAGUGAUUUCAUUCUGCUUGCUCUGGUGGGCGAGCCAGCUAGCCAGCUUGUGAGUGAGCGGCUGCACGUCCCUGUGGAUCUCAGUCUCUGACAAAUGGGGCCAACGCUGCAGUAAUCAGAUUAGAGGACGUAAAUGACGGGCUGCAAAUGUCCCACCUUGUGAUCCUCCACAUUCAUUUUAUUACUGCACUGAGCUAAUGAGAUUACACUUCAAACAGACCAGCCGACCAAGAGCUGUCAUUUACACCCAGCCAGCCGUGUGUGUACAUUAACCCUUUCACUCCACAGAAGCACCGUGGCUCAAUCCAGCCAACUGCUUAUAAGAUGAUGCAGAGAGUGUGUGUGUUGCUAUGUGGUCAGUCAGGGGCUGUUCAUGGUCAUCAUGUCAGCCCUGGCCCUGAGUGAGCUGUGCCAAGCCUAGAGACGCUGCUGCCUGCUAAUCCCUGUUUGUUCCCUGGCCUCUACAGGAAACCCAGGAUCAACUCCCAGCUGGUGGCCCAGCAGGUGGCUCAGCAGUACGCCACGCCUCCCCCACCCAAGAAGGAGAGGAAGGAGAGGCCUGAGAGGGAGCACGACACAGACGGGGAGCUGGUGGAUGGGGAGGGGGAGCACCAUGAGGGAGAGCGUCCGGAGAGAGUGAGGCCAGAAGAAGACGAAGGAGAACCUCCCCUGGAUAAGAGCGGGAAGGAGACACUGGACAAUGACAAAGCAGAGAAGGAGAAAGAGGAGAAGAAUGAGAAGGAAAAAGAGGAGGAGGAGGAGGAGGAAGAGAGCAGCCCAACCAGGCCCAUCACCAAGAAUCUCAGCCUCAAGGAGAGCAGCCCAACCAGGCCCAUCACCAAGAAUCUCAGCCUCAAGGAGAUCAGCCCAACCAGGCCCAUCACCAAGAAUCUCAGCCUCAAGGAGGUCAGCCCAACCAGGCCCAUCACCAAGAAUCUCAGCCUCAAGGAGAUCAGCCCAACCAGGCCCAUCACCAAGAAUCUCAGCCUCAAGGAGAUCAGCCCAACCAGGCCCAUCACCAAGAAUCUCAGCCUCAAGGAGAUCAGCCCAACCAGGCCCGUCACCAAGAAACCCAGCCUCAAGGAGAUCAGCCCAACCAGGCCCGUCAUCAAGAAACACAGCCUCAAAGAGACCAGCCUAGCCAGGCCCAUCACCAAGAAACCCAGCCUAAAAGAGAUCAGCCUAGCCAGGCCCAUCACCAAGAAACCCAGCCUAAAAGAGAUCAGCCUAGCCAGGCCCAUCACCAAGAAACCCAGCCUAAAAGAGAUCAGCCUAGCCAGGCCCAUCACCAAGAAACCAAGCAUCAAAAAGAUCAGGUCAGUGUGUUUUUAAAGAAAUAACAUGUCUGUACAGAGUCAGUGUUUGCUUAAGCAUCUUCUCUCUCCAGACAUGGUCUUUACUAAUAUAACUCCUCUGUGUUUGCCUGUGCAGACCCAAGACAGACAUUCACCAGAGUCCACCUAGUGAUAAACACAGCAUACAAUCUGGGAAGUCUACAACCAAGACCAACAACUCUCACAUCUCCAGGUGGGCCAUUCUUCUCUCUACUACUAGUACUGACAGUAUCUUGCAGAUGGACGUUGUGAAAACCUGUCAUGGCAUUUCAAACUCGAACACGGUAUUCUUAAAGGCCAAUUCUUUGGGAAAAAUCAAGUGAUUCAUAAAUGAUAUUUUUAUGUUCUACACCUACUCUCACUUUCUCCCUCUGACUUGUGGUUGAUAUUGUGUAUACAUUAUCAGUUGGGUCUAAUCACCCACACUGUGCUGGCCACCUCUGGGGUUGUAUCUUAGUAAGGCAGUUUUAUCAAUGUAAUCCUAACCCUGUGUUUCCCCCUGCUGACCAGGCCCAAACUGAAGAACAUUGACCGGAGCACUGCCCAGCAGCUAGCCAUAACGGUGGGGAACGUGACGGUCAUCAUAACGGACUUUAAGGAGAAGACCCGCUCCUCCUCCACAUCCUCGUCCACCGUGACGUCCAGCGCAGGCUCUGAGCAGCAGCAUCAGAGCUCCGGCUCCGAGAGCAUGGACAAGAGCUCAACUCGCACCUCCACCCCCAAAGGAGAGCUCUCUGUGGGGCACGACGAGUCCUUCUGA